GAGAAACCGAAAGAUAUGGAUAAAGCAACUCCAGAAUACGAAGGUCGGGAGUCAGAAACAAUGGAAUCAAUCAGUCUCCACCAAAUUCUCGCUUCUAAACCACCGCUCUCAACCAUCAAUCCUCAAAAAUUCUCCCCAACUUCUCAAAUUCAGAUCUUCUUUCCAACUCUACGCCACCAACGCCCUCUCAGGAUCAAACCGAUCAACGCCACUGGCACCGACGGCGACACCGCACCACCGCAGGUUCCGCCGGAAAUAACGCCUCCGGAGACGGUUGAAGUGCGGUUUCGUAAGCGGUCGAGAAGACGAUCAAAACAGGAGAGGGAGGAUGGAGCGGCGAUGGGAAAUGGGCGGCCGAGAAAGGCGGCAGCGGAGGUUGGUUCCAGUAAGACGAAGAAAUGGGAGGAGAUGAGCGUGGCGGAAAAGACGAUGGAGGUGUAUAUGGGAGAGAAGGGUUUGUUGUUUUGGCUAAACAAAUUUGCUUAUGCUUCCAUUUUUAUUAUGAUUGGUGGUUGGAUUGUGUUUCGAUUCGUCGGGCCUUCGCUAAAUCUUUAUCAGUUGGAUACUCCGCCAUUAUCUCCGACUUCUGUAUUCAAGGGCUCAUGAUCGUCGGAACCACCUUCCUUUAGUUUCGAUCUUUAAUCCUUUUUCAUACAUCAUCUAUCGCGGCUGUUCAAGUAUUGUUGUAAAUUCUUGUACUGGAGAUUUCUUAACUGACAAGUGUUAGUGGAGAAUUUGGUGAUUAUGAAUUUUGGGUUUGAUCAUUAGAAUACUUUGUGGAAGAUAUUGUGAGUUAUCUAUUAGUGGAAGACACUGAAAUAUCUUUAGCUUUACCCUU